GAUCAGGUUCAAAAUUGAGCACUUUUGGAAAUAAGCACCAGACGGCAGGCGUCGUACAAAUGCGUCGUACCACAAACAAACGUGGUAAAACAGCACCAGCUCCGCCUAAGCGAACAAGCUUACUUUCGACGAGUCGUGAUUCAACUUAUCGCGAUGACGAAAAUUAUAAAGUCGGGAACAUCGAGCAAAAUACCAAUGGUUUUAGUCGCGAUGCUGCGCAUCCUGUAAACCGCACAGACUCAGAAAACGAGCAAACAGAGAAUACACAUGGUAAUGAUACGGACAAUCAAGAUCACAUGGAGUUCCAAAAACCUUUUCAACACGGCCCCUUCAAGAGAGUUCCUAUUCUAGGAAAUCGAGGAAUAGAACUACGAAGCAGUAAGCGAUUAACGCAACAGAAUAGACGUGAUCAACCAUCGGUUUCAGUUGUAUCUCAAAUAGGUGCCACAAACUCGGGGCAAGCGCAUCACCCAAUUUUGGGCGCAUUGGAAGUUCAGAAUGUAAAAAAAGCUAUCAAUCGGUAUGGUACAUUACCUAAGGAUGCUCGAAUAGGAGCUUACCUUGAGUCUUUGCGUCAAAGUGAUGGAACGAUUGAAAACCAAAAAGAUUCCGUUGAAUCAGAAAAUCAACAUGUUACUAACGUUACCGCCUGUUUAAAAGAACAAGCAAACCAACAUACACCCAUGAAGUCGGAAGCUUCCCUAACAGCAGUUUCACAAGGAAUCGUAUCAUCGACGCACCACGCGAACACAUCUAAAAAUGUUACAAUCAAAGCUCAACCCCAAAUGAUUCGUAGUAAUUCUUCAAGCGGCGUUACAAUGUCAAACUCAGCAACAGCUAGUCUUUCAAAACUACAACGCCAUCGGACGACUACUGACGGAUCAAUGAUGGCAUUUUCUUCCUUUCGUGGGGUGGUUGGAAGUAGCAGUCCAAAGCGAAUAUUACAACCAUCUUUAGCUGACCUAGAAUUUCCCCCUCCGCCGGUUGAUCUGCCUCCACCGCCGGAAGAGAUUGAAUCAUCAGAACAGCAACGGGCAGCUAAAAUUGAGCAAACUUCUACAUACGAUGUGUGCACUACAGAACCGAGCGUAGAGGAAGCUAGCUCACGAUUUGGUGUAAGUUUACGUAAACGCGAGCCAUCGACUGACUCUUGCAGUUCUCAAAGCAGUCCUAUGGAUGUAGACUCUUUGAUUGACCCAUUGUCUCAAUCUCAUUCAUCAUUUAUUAAUGAACAGUCAACCGAUCCACAGACAGAUAAGAAAAAAGUCCUGUUGUGCAAAGAUGGGACCAACGUGCCAAAGUUUUUGCAGAAAGAGGAAAACAAUAUGAGCAACACAUUUGUUGAUAUUAAAAAUACAGCGUUUUGUGGGAACAGUGGCGUAACGAAUGCUUUCGAUCCAGCAAUACAGCUAGUUAAUGAGUUGUCAGAAACAGUCACAUCAUCAAAAAUCCUUUCGCCACCACUUGCUUCGAAGGAUCAGUCCCCUAAGCCAUUGUCACAUUUGAAAACGACUGAAACAGGAAAUUCUUGCCAACCUCUUGACACAUCAAAAUCCAGUGUAACUCCAUCGCCAAUUACAAGCGAUUCAGGAAAAAUCAGCAAUCCUGACAAAGGAAAUGAUCGUAUUACUAUACAGGCACACGUAUUGAAAUCACAACUAAAAAAAAUUGAUCCUAACAUACGGAGCACUAGCAAGCUUUCCGACUCGGGGGAUAUUGGUGCUGUGAUGAUUGAUUUUAAGGCAAGACUUCGCAAAGUGGACUCCAAUAACGCUGUUGGUUCCAGCAGUUCUGAUGGUCAGAAUAUUGUCGUAGAAAACACAUCUAGUAAAGUGCAGCAGGUUGGAACAUCCAAUACAUCGAGUAACGUUCAUAAAAAUAAGAUAAAUUCCUUAUGUAGCAACCUUUCUAACAAAAGUAAUGGAAAUUUUUUAACCAACAACACUUUAACAGAAAAUGAAAAUUGUCGUCCUAGUAGGAAGCAACAUGAAGCAGGUAAACGAAAUGGUACGAAUGCUCAUUUUCCAAACAUAGUUCCAACAGAUCCCUGCAAGAAUGUUUUGAGUGUAAAAAACGAAGUCAGUAAUACUAAGUUAAACAAAAAGAACUCCUUGUCGAAAGAAACGGGAAUGGUAUCGACGGAUAGCAAUAAGUUGAAUGAACUGAAAAAGACUGAACUCAAGUUUGAUGUAGGAGAAGAUGGUAAGAGAGAAUGUUUCGAAAGUAGCUCUCUCCAUCUAGAGUGUGGAGGAGGCAGCGGUGAUAACAUGUCCACCGGAAGUAGCGGAGGUGGAUUUGAUGAAGGAGAUGGAAAACGAAAGAGUACGGGCAGUAUUAGUAGCUUAAAAAAAAUAUGGGAAGCUAAAGAAUCUUCUAGCGAACAGCAGCAAAUUCAGUCGAGCCCGAAAUUGGGUACAAAAUGUUCUUCGAAUAAGACGUAUAAAAUGUACAAUAAUCUCGAGCUAGACGACCCAUACGAUCAUUUGGAUAACCAGAUCGAGCAACCCCAUUCAUUGAGCUGUGUGGCACAAACGCUGUAUAACAGUGGUGCUAAUCAAACAGGAAACACACAAAGCAUAAAAAAACCAGCAGUUCCACUAAAGCCUUCAAAGUUUACAUCAAUCUAUGCCACGCCUAUUCAAAAUUCAUCACAAGUCGUUUCUACAACACAUGGUCUAGGCGGCGGAAAGGCAUCUAUGAUCUCCAUCAAUACUACUAAAACAGAUGAUAGUGAUAAUGGUCUACAGCAGAAUGAAAGGGCUUGUUCAGCAGUUUCCUCUCCCGGUUUUGCCGUUUCAAUGCCAGGCGAACGAGAACAUAUUUUAGAACAGUUGGAAUUCCUACAGGGGGCUUUGAAAUCGUCUGUGUCGACGAUAUCUGCUUCCCAAUGGUUGGCAAUGAGCGAUCGUUUAAAUAUUUUACAAUCUAGUUGCAUCGCGUUUGCUGAUAAUGAAUCUCUCCCUUUGCACGCUAAAUUUCAGUUUCGUGAACUAGCAACACGCGUUGAAAAUCAGUCAUUUGCUCUCAGGUCAGCUGGCAACAAAAACGCCAAGGAUAAUGAAAAACUUGUUCAAGAUGUUGGACAAUCUCUAAAGCAGAUAUCAAAUGCUUUGCAUAGGUAAUUUCCAGUGAGUUUGUUUUAUUUUCAUGAACUAUUUUGAUUGGAAUGCAGAAUGUAUUUAAUGAAAGAUAAAAUCCGUUUCUACAAUGGGGAACCAGUAAAAUGAUUGUAGCAAUGCCAAAAACGGUUUAUGUCAUUUAUUAUUAUGAUUAGGAUGAACCAUGAUAAUUUUCUACCCAUAUUUAUUCGACUAUUAUCCUACACAGGCAAAGCCGCGCAGAAAAUUCACUCAGUUCAGUUGUUUGUCACUCGUUGUUUUAAUAUAUUUUAACUUUUUAAUGAUUUUUUUGCAGUGUUUAGAAUUCUGGUUGCAUAUAUUUUGUUGUGUUGUAUUAUGACUCAAUACAACCGAGUUGAAUUUGGAUUUUAUUGUUUUUUUUUAUCAAAUGGAAUCCUUUGAUUCAAUUUAAAACAUGUAUAUAAUACAAUUAGUGUUUGCGAUUUAAUGCUCUUCAAACAUACUCUAUAACGCGAUUCGUGCUGGCUAUGGUAAUCCAAAUACAAUUCAACGCAAUGUGAAAAGUAACAACUAUUUGGAAACAAAACUUUAUAAACCGUUCAUAAUUUUAAAACAAGAAUCACUCUGAACAAUCAAAAAUGUGCUAAAUUAUGUUAUUUUAGCAUGAAAUGAUGUGAAUUGCAGAUGUAUUUCAUGUUGAUAAUAUAUCUUUAAUGAAAUGCAAAUGAUAGUUUUGGUUUUUCAGAUAAAAAAUACAAGCAUUUACUUCGUAAUGAUAUUGAAUUGAAGGUGGUAAGUUUUUACCAUUUUUUAAUAUAAGUGACAUAUUAAAAAAUCCACCGUUAGCUCGCCCAAACUUGCUCGUUUGUUCCUUCCUACAACACUAUUUCGGAUAUUAUUUUCUCAUGGCCUCAGCAACAGGGAAUUAUGUAUGAUAUAACUGUAAGUGUAAUGAAAUAAACCGUUCGCAUUAUUGGGGAAAUAUUUACAUACGUGAUGAUUUUAAAUAUUUCUAACUGGAGAUUAAUGAAGUAGAAAACGAGUACAGUUUGCUUGACUUAAAGUCAAUCAAAUAUAAAAGACUGUAGCAACUUACUUUCGUAGUAGGUAGAAGAACCUAAGCUGAACAACAUAAUCUCGAGUACUGACGUAUCAAAAAUAAACGAUUUUCGUGUCUAAAUUUCAUGCGCCGGCUCAUGUAAUCCUAACAAUUUGGUUAGUAUUAUAAAAUAUCUAUUGUGCAACCGAAGGAUAACAUCAACUCAGGCUAAAUAUGUGAACGGAAAUUAAUUUGUUUUUGGGAGGAGUCUGAUCAUUUUUAGUAUCGGCAUCCGCUUUCUAGACCGCUGUCAUAUGAUCAAAGAUAAAGAAAUACAAAACACAUGUGUAAACCGUUGAACCGUUUUUUAAGUUGAAUGAUAUCAUCCUUGUUUAGAAUAUGCAUUAUUUUCGACAAUUUUAAGUAAUCCAAUAUAAACAUGCUUCUAAGUAAAAAACAAUGUCUAUGCUGAAUUUCAACAUCUAUCCAUCGUGAAUGUCGAAGUAGAAGUAUUUGCUCUGAAUGUGCGCUUGGUAAGAUGCACUUUUUUAUUACCAUGUGUAUGAGAUUAGACUAAUACACAAAUGUCAAAUAUCGUGACUUUUGUAAAGCAAUUAAGGGAUACAUAAAAUUCAGUGUUUUACCAUAUCGAAGGUAAAUCGAUGAAACUCUAGUCGUAAAAGAUACAGCCCAACUAACCGGAAUUCAUAUGAUUGGAUUAAUCAAGUAAAAGUAAGGGCUUCUUUUCUUACUGGAUUUGCCAGAUGAGUUGGAUACUUUUUUGUUUGAGCUAAAGAUGAAAAAACCUUCAUUUUGCGGAUGUAGAAUGCAUAGUCAUUUUUCACGAAAUUCGGAGAUUCUUUUAUUUAUACCGUCGUUCAUGAAAAGUGUCAUUGUCCAAGAGUAAAACAUGUAAAAAUAAACCGGAAUGUAAUAAUUUUAUAUGUAAGUCAUAGUAUCUAAGUUAAGUUUUAAGCAUUUAUUUUACAAAAGUGAAACAAUAUCAUGUUUUGCGUCACGACAUUUGUUAUAUCCAUUAAUAUGUAUUCACUACAAUUCUCAUCAGGUGUACAAGAAUUAAGUCAAGCAAAUCGAUAAACACCAAAAGUAAUACGAGACCCAAGACGGUUCUUUACAAAAUUGAUUGAAUAUAAUUUCAAAUGGGUAAUAAACAUUUGUAUCUAUUACACAUACCUUUAACCAAA